UGACUUUCAUAUCCCGUCUAGGAAGGUCCUCGGAUUGACCUCAUCUACCAGGCCCGCUCCGCAGUGGAGAUGUCGAUUGCUUUCUCUUGUCGGAGUCCGAGCGUGUCUUUUCCGUGGCAUUGAUGAGUUGAAAACCUCCCGGGCAUAUAGUGCACUGGCCUCGCACAUUGUCCGCUUGAAGAAACAAUCUUCUUGCUCACCCAGUUUGGACUGGAUAUUCGCGUUUAUCAAGUUGCUUCAGGUCUAGACCUGCAACCAAGUCAUGAACAUGUUCACUUUCAGGGAUGAAACUGCAAAGACCCCAGAGCCCCAACUUGCCUCGAUGGCUUCCUCAAUGAAUCAAGAUUCGGAAAAGGGUUCAAUCUCACAGGACCCAUCCACCAUUGAGGUUCAAGCAUUGGAGUCUCCGCCCCAUCAUAUCUUCACUCGAUCUCGCAAGUUGCAGAUGGUAUGCAUUGUAUCCAUGGCAGCUAUCUUCUCUCCACUGUCUUCCAAUAUCUACUUCCCGGCCUUGGAAGACGUGUCGCGGUCACUCAAUGUCAGCAUGACGCAAGCGACUCUCACCAUCACAAUAUACAUGAUUGUCCAAGGCCUCGCGCCGACCUUCUGGGGCUCGCUUUCAGAUGCUACAGGGCGACGCCCUGUUUUCAUUGGCACCUUUGUUGUCUACUUGGUAGCGAACAUCGCACUCGCGGAGUCCAAGAAUUAUGGCGAGCUCAUGGUGUUCCGCGCACUGCAGGCUGCUGGUAGUGCAGCCACCAUCUCAAUUGGGGCUGGAGUCAUUGGUGACAUCACCACUUCGGCAGAACGGGGUAGCUUGGUUGGCAUUUUCGGUGGAGUCCGUAUGCUUGGACAGGGAAUUGGGCCGGUCUUCGGUGGCCUGCUGACCCAGUAUCUAGGGUAUAGGUCCAUCUUUUGGUUCUUGACCAUUCUUGGGGGCUUGAGUCUAGUCUCACUCCUGGUUCUGCUCCCAGAAACGCUGCGCCCCAUCGCUGGCAAUGGUACUGUGAUGCUGCGUGGCCUUCACAAGCCUUUCAUUUAUCAUUUUACAAGCCAACCCGGUGUUAUUGAGGGUGCAGAACCAGAAUCCCAAAAGGCGAAGGUGACCUGGCGGACCGUUUGUGCUCCGUUGAAGUUCUUGGUCGAAAGGGAUGUCUUCAUCACCCUCUUUUUCGGAAGUAUAGUGUAUACUGUCUGGAGCAUGGUGACAUCGAGCACCACAGAUCUCUUCGGCGAGGUCUAUGACUUGUCAUCACUCGAGAUAGGAAUGACAUUCUUGGGCAACGGCUUUGGAUGUAUGUCGGGGUCUUACCUGGUGGGGUAUCUUAUGGACUAUAAUCACCGCUUGACGGAGCGCGAAUAUUGUGAGAAGCAUGGAUAUCCAGUAGGCACUCGAGUCAAUCUCAAAUCCCACUCGGACUUUCCGAUUGAGGUUGCACGGAUGCGGAAUACCUGGUGGAUAACUGGCAUCUUCAUCGUGACCACAGCGACCUAUGGUGUGUCUCUCCGCACCCAUAUUGCCGUUCCCAUCAUCCUGCAAUACUUCAUCGCCUUCUGUGCGACGGGUAUCUUCACCAUCAACAGCGCGUUGGUCAUUGAUCUGUAUCCCGGAGCUAGCGCCAGCGCAACGGCUGUGAACAACUUGAUGCGAUGUUUGAUCGGGGCUGCCGGUGUGGCGGCUGUGCAACCCAUCUUGGAAGCGCUGGGGGCAGAUUAUACAUUUGUUCUACUUGCGGGCAUUACCAUGGGGAUGGCUCCAUUACUGUGGAUCGAAGAUCGAUGGGGCCCCGGUUGGCGUCGCGCCAGAGAGCAAAGGCUCAAGGCACAAAAGCAGUAAGUAGACUGGCCGAAUGCACGAGGCUUGAGAGGCGCUCGUUGGAGUUCUGGAGUUGCUUGGGGGGUUUAUUUUGUGUUGAUAAUUACACCACGUGGGCGCACAUGGCCUCCUCGAUGGAUUUUCUUGGACGGCGUUGUAUAACUUGGCG